UUGACCAAAAUGGUCAUCUGGUUUUUUCUGUUGUUGUUGUCAAUUUGAGCCGAUUAAUCAAUUGAUUUUAUUUAUUAAUCAUCAAUCAAAUUAACAAUGGAAAAUCUUAAUACAAUUAAUUCUGCUUUGAAAGCAGUUAGUUUAGUUCGUUCGGCAACACUUGAUACAUUAAAAUUUAUGGCCAAUACAUAUCAAUCAUCCAAAGAUGUUGAAGCUGAAAUGGAUCCAAAUAAAAACAAUAGUUAUAUGGGCGAAUUAUCAUCAUUAUCGAAUGUUUUGGAAACUAGAGUUCGUGAAUUGGAAACUGCUUGUACAUUACUUUAUCCAACGCUUAGUUCGAUUAAUUUAGCCAACACUGAAUUGAUUGCUCAAGAUCCAAAUUAUGAAAAGACAACUUGGUAUCCCGAUAUGGUUAUAUCAUAUCGAUGGUUAAGCAAUACUCAAGAAUAUUCAACAUUAGCAUUUCAAGCUUUACAAACAAAAUUUAGUAAACGAAAUUCUCGUUAUAGACAGCGAACAUCGAAUCGUGUUAUUCAAAAUCAUAAUUUAAAUAAUCAUUCUAUCGAUAUAUUCAUUGGACAAUUACAACGAUCUUUUGAUACAAUGCCCAUCGAAGUUGUUCGACCAUUCGGUGUAUUUACCGUACUUAAAAUUGUUUUAGAUCGAACUUUAAGAGCUGUUAUUGUUCUACGUGGAUUGGUCAUCGAAUGGGUAUUGGUUAAAAGUUUUGAAGAAAAUUUUGAAAAAUUAACAUCAAAUAAUCUGGCUAAAAUAUCUGAAAGAAAUCCAUAUGCAACAAAUUUUAUCGAUCUCAUACAGGAUGAUACAAUGGACAUUUGGAAACCAUCAAGAUAUAAAGUAUUUCGUACAAUUACUGAUCAUUGUAAUGCAGCCAUUUUACAUUUUUAUGCACCAUUUCAAAUGGAUAGUGCUAUCAAAUAUUUUCUGCAAUGGUUACGAAGUUAUUCAACAUUAUUUUCAGCUGUAUGUCGUAAAUGUGAUUCACGAUUGUUAAAUGAUAUGCCACCAACUUGGCAUGAUUUUCGUACACAUGAACCAUAUCAUUUUGAAUGUAGACCAUAUUAAUGAUAAUUUCUUUUUUUAAAAGAUUAUUACAAUCUUUUAAAUAUUGUAAAUCAAGAUUUGUAUUUGUAAUUUUUUUUUCUUCAAUAAAUUAU